AUGAUCCGCAAGAAGCCGAGCGAUCGGGUGCUCCAGCACCCCGGGCACGAGCCCCCAAAGGGGUACCGAUCGGGCAAAGAUGGUUAUCGCCGAUUGGUGGAGCGAUCCGAGUCCUCGCGAAUCGAGCCCCCCCCCUUCCUCGGGGGUGAACGAACACCCGGGCCUGACAUGUCGAGUUGUCAGAUGGCGAUGAUGAUAACCGCAUGUGGCACUACCGCAAUGCCCUCGAUGACAGCGCAUUGCCUCGAGCCCGUUCGCCGGGUCCUGGUUGCCGGGCCCCGUUUGGGUGGAUGA